UAUAAAACGGGGUUGUAUACACGUCAUUUAUACAAGGUGAUCACAGUUCCUUACAGCAAACUUGGUAGCUUAGGUCUAAGCCUGAUUUGUUUCUCUAGACCAAAAGUGUCCAUCUUUCACUGAAGCUUCUGAAAGCAUUUGCCACCAUGGUUAAAGCUAUUAGAAUCUAUGAGACUGGAGGGCCAGAGGUCCUUAAAUGGGAAGAUGUGGAAAUAGGGGAGCCUAAGGAAGGCGAGAUUCGUGUUAAAAACAAAGCUAUUGGUUUGAACUUCAUUGACACCUAUUACCGCAAAGGAAUUUACAAGACAGACUUGCCUUUUGUUCCAGGUGUAGAGGCAGCUGGAGUGGUAACAGCUGUGGGUCCUGGAUUAACAGAUUGGCAAGUAGGGGACUCGGUUGCCUGUAGUUGUCCAAGGGGUGCCUAUGCUGAAGAACAAGUCCUUCCUGCAAGUAUUGUGGUGCCCAUUCCACCUUCUAUUGAUCCUAUGGUUGCAGCUGCUGUUACGACCAAGGGUAUGACCGCUCAGGUCCUUGUUCAGCGUUGCUUUAAGGUAGAAAAGGGACACACGGUUCUUGUCCACGCAGCAGCUGGGGGGGUUGGAUCUCUAUUGUGUCAGUAUGCCAAUGCUCUUGGUGCCACUGUUAUUGGGACUGUAUCGAGCGAAGAGAAGGCGGCCCAAGCCUCUGAAGAUGGAUGCCAUUACCCCAUAAUCUACACAAAGGAAGACUUUGUUUCUGCAGUGAAGAAGAUAACUAAUGGUGAAGGAGUCCAUGUGGUUUAUGAUGCAGUUGGAAAAGACACCUUCGAGGUAAAAUUUUAGGGCUCAAGUUCACUCAUCCU